AUGUCGCCUCGCAUCUUUAUAGCUUAGUAAACAGCUCCCGGAGACAUUCAUCACUCACAGGACGACGUUCCUCACUCAAUUUUCUAUAUUUGAUCAGUGAUGAGUGGAAAAAUUGAUACGUGAUAUGAAGAAAUUACUUGCAAUCUCGUCUAGGCUGUACUAUCAUAAUGUUGAUGAAUUCAGUACGUUUUAGAGACUCACCCCAGUUAUAUCUAUAAUUUCUGUCCGCAAUCUGUAACGGUUUAGUAAAAUCCACGAGUGUAAAUUGUAAAUGUUCCAGCUUGGAAGGAGAUUUUCAGGCGUGAUUAGAACAAAACGUUGAACUACUAAGGAAAAAACAUUGUGUAAAAAUGGUGAAAAAUAGACGAUUCGAAGAUGUCGAAAAAGGUCCCGGACUAGGAAUCCGACAUGUACAGAUACUUAUAUUAUUCUGUGGAAUGACAGUAACGUAUGCACUGAGGGUCAACUACUCUGUGGCUAUUGUAGCCAUGACGGAUGAGAAAGAAGCAAGGGAAGGAUUUGAAAAAUUCGAUUGGAAUGAGCAGACUAAAUCACUCAUCUUAAGUAGUUUCUUCUGGGGUUACAUAUUCACACAGUUGCCUGGCGGACAUUUGGCUCAAAGACUUGGAGCUAAAAUGUUUCUUUUCUUCGGAAUUUUCAUUUGCUCUCUACUCACAAUCCUAACCCCAUGGUGCGCAUCGGUCGGGGGCUGGAAACUAAUUUGUGGACUACGAUUGAUUCAGGGCCUCUGUCAAGGGGUGCUGUUCCCUUGUACACAUGCUCUCCUCUCCAAAUGGUCUCCUACUGAAGAACGAGGUGUACUAAAUACAUUGUGUUACUCUGGCUGCCAAUUCGGAACUGUUGCAAUGCUGGCGGUAAGCGGUAUGAUUGCUACAUCCCCUUUGGGAUGGCCAGGAAUUUUCUACGUUUCUGGAGCAAUUGGAAUAUUGUGGUCUAUAGUGUGGUAUAUAUUUGGAGCGAGUAACCCGGCUGAAUGUAGACUUAUAUCACCAGAGGAGCGAAAGUUCAUUGAAGACUCACUAGGACAUUCAGAUGAUACUCCCAAGCAUUAUCCUGCUCCUUGGAAGAAGAUUCUCUCUUCCCCGCCGUUCUAUUCACUUCUCAUUGUGCAUUGUUGCCACAUAUGGGGAUUCUGGACUCUUUUAACGGAAAUUCCAUCAUAUAUGAAUAAAAUCCUCGGAAUGAAUAUAAAGAGCAACGCGCUGUUAUCUGCACUUCCAUAUGCUGUCAUGUGGCUCCUGAGCUAUGUAUUUUGCUUUACUGCCGACGGUUUACUCAGAAAAAAGGUGUUAACAUUGGCUGUGAGUAGAAGGAUAUUCAAUACGAUCGGCUUAGGCCUUCCUGCCCUUGCGUUGAUUGGAAUGGGUUAUGUCACGAAGGAAACAACUUCGUUAGCCAUAACAUUGCUUGUUGUGGCUGUUGGACUGAAUGGUGCAAUCUAUCUGGGCUACCAAGUUAAUCACAUAGAUCUGGCACCUAAUCAUGCUGGAACGCUGAUGGGCAUGACCAACGGUCUCGCCAACAUCAUGGGUCUGAUUGCCCCUUUGGCAGUUGGUUUUAUUGUCACUGAAGAGAACAACCCCGAUCAAUGGCGCAUUGUCUUCUUCAUAUCAGGCGGGGUAUACCUUAUUGGGAAUUUCGUAUGGUGCAUUUUCGGGAGCACUCAAGUGCAACCUUGGAAUGCACCGAAACAUAUUCCACACCAGAAAGUUCGAAGAGAGUCGGCUUUCAUCGAAGCUAUGGAAGCACAUGGAUAAUGAUAAAAAUAAAUAAAUUUUAUGCCUUAUUUAUUCGCUAGACUAUCACUCAUAAAUGUAAGAAUAAAAUAGCACAAGGUAUUAUUGUAAAUUAUAGUUGAGAGGAUGUAAGUUGCUACUUAUGCAUGUAUCGAGAAAGAUGCAAUAAAAUUUUCUUAUCAUCUUGAAA